UGUGCCCGUUAUCAAUCAAUUGCCCAUUAAAAAUCCAUAAAAAACAACAUUAAACUGUCAUAAACAUUUAAAAAAAUGCAAAUUUUAAGUUAUUUUCGUGGCUGAAGAAAGUAUUUACGAGGAAAAAGAUGAAAAAUUGCAACAUUUUAUCGUAAAGAUCGGAACGCUGGAAAUCACACUAACCAUUUCAUCUAUAUCUGAAACUAAACGACGAACCGUGACAGACCAUGCUCACAGCUAUAAAUCAAAUCCCCUUCUCUUAAAAAGAAGAAGAAUCUCCUUUUGAAAAAGGAAAAGAAGGCGAAACAAUUGACAAUAGAAGAAAAAUCGAAUUCUACUUUUAAAAAGGAAAAGGAGGCGAAACAAUUGACAAUAGAAGAAGAAUCGAAUUCUACUUUUAAAAAGGUAAAGAAGGCGAAACAAUUGACAAUAGAAGAAGAAUCGAAUUCCUUUUUUAAAAAGGAAAAGAAGGCAAAAUAAUUGAUUACCACGAUCAUUCUCUAUCGUUUACCCUGGACGCGUCAAGAGAUACCAGUAUAGAAGAGAGGAGUUUACUCCUGAAGUUUAAGAGGAAGAAAAAGCGAAAUAUGACAUACAAAUGGGGAACGGAGCAGACGAGGUUCUUCAUAGAAGAAUAUGGCAGACAGGCUUGCUUAUGGGACUUGAAACACGCGGAUUAUAAGAACAGAGAGGCUAGAAAUAACGCUUAUAAGAACAUCAUACAGAGUAUGGAAUCGAAAAGCAUUUAUAUGACUGAGAAUGACGUGAAGAAUAAAAUAAGGUCCCUUCGUUGCACGUAUUUCGGAGUGCUGGCCAAGGUGGAAAGGUCCAAGAUUUUAGAGGAAGUCCAGGAGUACCCGUACGUGCCGAAACUUGGUUGGUUUGAUGCCAUGCAUUUCCUGAGAGGAGUCUCUGAUCCGAACGAUAUUGAUGAUUCCGUGAUGUCCGGUCCUGAGACCUCAAACGACACCGAACAGAACUACACGCACAACCAGCUGCCACCAUCUUUCUGGAACACUCCUUACAAACUCAAAGCGACCAGACAACCCACACCUCGCCUCGAUCCGAUCAGCAAAGACCACCAGAAGAAACCUGAAGAGAACCCUGGAGUCUUACAAUCCUUUGGCAUCCAGGAAGAUAUGUAUCCACAGAUAUCCGUGGCAGAAGACGAUCUGAGAUCAAGCACGGAGACACCCCAAAUGACGGAUAUAAGGAAAGAACUGCGGCAGAUUAUCGGGGGUGAUGAAAAAGAUGAGUUUGACGUUUUUGGUCAGAAUGUCAGCUUGCAGUUAAAACAACUGCCUUUGGAGUACGCUCUGGAGUCUCAGGAGAUGAUAAUGAGGAUGCUGAAAGAGCAGAGAGUGAAGUGUAUGAGGCACUGUUCCGUACAGCAGGAGAACCAGUAUCCUAACUUGGUGAAGUCGGAGUUGCUAUGACUAUUAACAUCAGAGAAACACAAGAGACAUCAGCACUAGGCAUCACACGCUGUUGGCGUGUGAAGCGGCCGCACUAAGACAUUCCUGGCUGGACCGCUACAUCGAAAUACCCGCCGUUCAUUGCGUAACAACACAAGCGCGAUAUCAAACAAGCAAUGAAAAUGUUAAUAUAAAGUAGAAUUUUCCGUCGCAAAUGUAUUGAACUGAAAAUAAUUUAAAAAGCUAUGGAAAAUUCCACUUGAUAUUAACUCAGAACCAUUUGCUGGGGGGUUAAAACGGCCACAUCGAAGCAAGCAAAAGAAAGCAAUAUUGCAAUUUGACAUUUGCCCAUAUAAAAGUAAGUGGGCAAUGCAAACAAAUGUCAAAUAGCAAUAUUGCUUUCUUAGAUGAAUUGCUUCGAUGUGGCCAUUUUAACCCCCCUGAAGGCUCUGAAGCUGAAUCAUCGUUCAAUCAAUCAUUGAAAGACUCUUUUAAUAUAAAUAGUAGGUACCUAUAUGUACAUUGAAUUGUUUAUACUAAAUAACAGCCGAUAUACAUCCCACUCAGCCUCCGUGGUCUAGUGGUUAGAGCGUUAGGCUCACGAUCUGGAGGUCCGGGUUCGAUUCCCGGUGGGGAUAUUGUCGAAAUCACUUUGUGAGACUGUCCUUUGUUUGGUAAGGACUUUUCAGGCUUGAAUCGCCUGAUUGUCCGAAAAAGUAAGAUGAUUCCGUGCUUCGGAGGGCACGUUAGGCCGUUGGUCCCGGCUAUUAGCCGUAAAAACACCUCCACCAACCCGCAUUGGAGCAGCGUGGUGGAGUAUGCUCCAUACCCCCUCCGGUUGGUUGAGGGGAGGCCUGUGCCCAGCAGUGGGACGUAUAUAGGCAGUUUAUGUAUACAUCCCACUCAGUUACGAGUAUGUACCG